AUGGCAGUCUCAUUCAGCUCGCCAAGGCGUCUCCUCACUUUUUUGUGUCUUUUGCUUUUUAAUAUUCCAGCUGAGGCAUGUUGGGGAAAUUUAACCUGCAAUGGCCCAACAGAGGCCUCCUUCCCCGGUCCGUGGGAAGACAACAUGCACUCCCCAUUCUCUCGCCUCGUCUCUCCCAAAUCAAUUCUUGAUUCUGAUACCCGCUUCCUGGCUAAAUAUCCCGGGCCAGCCCACCUUGCAGGGAAUGGAUCCCUCCUGAUCUUCGACUUCGGACAAGAAGUCGGCGGUCUAGUCAAUAUCGACUACACCGCAACCGGAACAGGAACAUUCGGCCUCGCAUUCACAGAAGCCAAAAACUUUACUGGGUUCAACUCAGAUGAGUCAAACGGUGGCUCGGGUCCAGAUGGCUCGUUACUGGUGAACGUCUCAUCCGAUGGACCGAGCAGCUACUCCAUGCCCCUGGCCAAGAUGCGCGGCGGGUUCCGAUAUCUGAGUUUUUUCACGCUCACCAAUUCGACGGACUUUGAUAUUUCUGUAGAUUCCGUGAAUGUCGAAAUCACCUUCCAGCCUUCGUGGCCAAAUCUGAGGGCGUAUGGAGGUUAUUUCGAUUCUAGUGACCCCCUCCUGAAUCGCAUUUGGUAUGCUUGUGCCUAUACGCUUCAGGCGAAUAGUAUCCCUCCCGACUCGGGAAGAACGUGGCCUGCGCCUGCUGAGGGGUGGUUGAAUGAUGCCGAUCUGGGGCCUGGGGGUAGUGUUUUGGUGGAUGGAGCGAAGCGCGAUCGUGCCGUUUGGGCUGGUGAUUUGGGGAUCUCUGUUCCUGCUUCUGUUGUUGGUCUUGGGGAUUUUGAGAGUAGUAAGAAUUCUCUCAAUAUUCUUUACAGUAACCAGGAUCCUACUACAGGUGAGCUUCCAGAGGUUGGCCCACCGAUCAACUUCUUCGGCUCUGACAGCUAUCACCUGGCGACCAUGAUCGCGACGCACGAUUACAUUCUGUACAGCAACGAUAUGGAAUUCCUCAGAUCUAUUUGGUCGAACUAUUUGCAGGCAAUGACCUAUAUUACUGCACUGAUCGAUAACACUGGUCUCCUGGACGUCACUGGUACUUCUGGCUGGGGCAGAACAGCCGAUUCUUCGGGCUACAACAUCGUUGGAAACAUGCUCAUGUAUGGCGCACUGCAAUCCGGCUCAAAGCUAGCGGCCUGGAUGGAACAGCCACAACUGGUCAAGGAGUGGGAAGUUGUCGCGUCAAAAUUGAAGAGUGCGAUCAACUCUCCAAGCUACAACUGGGACCCGUCAGUUGGAGCGUUCAAGAACAACCCCACCGACAACUUGUUCCCCGAAGACGGCAACAGCAUGGCCCUGUUCUUCGGCGGUGCUAAUUCCUCCGCCUCAUCAAGAAUCAGCGAGUACCUCUCAACAAACUGGGGACCCAUCGGCGCCAAGACACCAGAGAUGCCAGGCACAAUCUCACCAUACGUCGAGAGCUACGAGGUGAAAGGCAACUUCAAGAUCCGAAACGCAAAACGCGCUCUCGACUUGAUCCGUCUCAGCUGGGGCUGGUACCUCAACAAUCCUAUGGGAACUGGCAGUUCGAUGAUCGAGGGAUACAACGUGGACGGCUCGUUCCUGUACACUGCUAACGAGGGAUACAACAAAGAGGGCUCGUACUCUUCGCACGCGCACGGUUGGAGUACUGGUCCUGUCGAUGCUCUCGUUUCGUUCGUGGUAGGCCUGCAGCCAACUGCUCCCGGGGGUAAGAAUUGGACAUUGGCGCCCCAGGUGGGUGAUUUGAGUUCUGCCCAGGGUGGGUUCACUACGCCGCUUGGGAAAUUCUCGGCCAGUUGGAACACUGAAGACGGCAGAUUCACACUUCAAUUUGAUGUUCCGGCGUCAACUGAAGGUUUGUUGCAAUUGCAGGUAGACAACUCGGCGAAAGUACUGGUUGAUGGACGUGAACAUAAGACGACGAUUGAUCCUGUCAGUGGUCUGGCGGAGAUUAGUGUAUCGGGUGGGAAACAUAUUGUGCAAGUUCAAUAG